AUGGCCGCCGUUCAACUCAAGUUCUCCCUCCGGACUUCGUCCAAUGUCAAGACCGUCCACCUGGUCGGUUCCUGGGACAACUACUCUCGCCAGCUGCCUCUAUCCGCCGAAGACAAGCCCGGUGCUUGGGUGGGCAAGUUCCGCUUCCAGACCUCCAUGCUGCAACUCGGAGGCCGUUACUGGUACUACUACAUUAUGGAUGGCUACCACGUCUCGCACGAUCCCGCCGUCGAGUACACCGUCGAGCCCACCACCGGCCGCAAGCUCAACAUCCUCGACGUUCCCGGCGGCAAGUCCAGCAGCGGUGCUCGCACCAGCGCCCCCAAGGCCUCCGCCGGCCGCCGCAGCUCCACCGUCGCCACGGGUCGCGCCCUCUCGCCCUCCAAGAUUCACCACCCCAAGCCCAGCAAGCCCUACGCUUCCCGCCACCUGCGCGAGGCCGAGUACGCCCCCACCGUCGACGACCUGACCCGUCGCUUCGCCGGCUCCCGUCUGUCGGACGAGUACUCGUACUCCAACAGCCCGCCCUCCUCGGCUGGAUCCUCGCUCUCGUCCCGCUCCUCGGGCUCGACUUCCCCUUCGUCGCUGUCGUCCAUGAGCGACCCCCCAUUGCAGUGCCGAUGUGAGCGCUAUGGAAUCACCCGCAAGGGUGACCGUGUCAAAUUGGACUGUGGCGGUUCCCGCUGCGGCUACGUCACCGAGUCCAGUGAGGCCAGCUGCUCUGAAUCCGAGGACAGUGAUGAGGAGUACCGCCGUGCCCGUAGUGCCGUUCGUCGCCAGGGCAUCGUUGUCCGCAGAUAG